CCGAACGAUGUCAUAUUAUACUAUUGUGUCAUUUUUACGGAGCAUUCAUAACAUUGCAAGAAUUCUGUUUUGCGUAACAUUUCGAGAACAUUUUGAUCAUUGUUGACCGAGGCUCAGAUUAAUUAGUAGUACUAUAAUUACCCAAUCACCUGAAGAUGGCACGAAUCAUUUUGCGUGGUCGGAACUAUUUCCUGUUUAUUGGUGGAUUGGUGGGGUUCAUUGGAUUGGCUUGCUAUCCUAUCAUCGUUCACCCAAUGUUGUAUCCGGAGAAAUACAAAAAAAUUCAACAGUCGAAUCGUGGCAGCAUCCGACAGGAGGAGAUUCAGCCGGGAAAUAUGCGAGUGUGGAGCGAUCCCUUCAAGCCAAGGCAAGAUCGGCCUUCAUGAACGUGCGAUACGACUGUUCGAAUUUGUAUGUGAUAUCUACUGUACAUAGAGCAUUGGUAAGACAUAUUCAUUAAAGUUGUACCAUCUACUA